CAGGCCCAGAUGGAUUCACUGCAGAAUUCUACAAGAAAUACAAAGGAGACCUAAUGCUGACACCCCUCAAACUAUUCAAUGAAAUUGAAAAGGAAGCAAUCCUUUGUGGGGGAUGAGGUGUCACUUUGUAGGCCCCAACCCUCUAACCUGCAAUAUACAAUAGCCCCUGGUAUGCGAGACAGAGGUAGGACAGGAAUGCCUGUUCUCAGUGAGAUCUCUCACCCUCUGGAAACCAUACUGUGAGCUGGCUUUGUUUUGCAGAAGUCUUGAGGAAGUGGCUGGCCACCCUUUGUGACACUAACAGCAGACAAAUUAACAACAUUCUUGAGCUAAUGAAUUUCUUCCUGGGCUAGAGAAGUUAGGAGAACUGUUUGUGAUUAUUUACUUCACUUAGAUAGUUUAGAAUAAACAUUGUAGUCUGUCACAUUGUAGCUUGUCACAAAGAAUGCCUUUUCACUACUUAAUUGUCUGGGCUCUGUGAACUGAUCCGGUUUACUAUAUAUGAAUCUUAAAAUAAAGAUUGUGCGUGCAGUGCAGUGCAAUGCGGUGCAGGCAGUAAAAGUGCCGUGUCUCUCCUGUCUUCCUUUCCGAGCGCUGCACCCCCCGUGUCCCGAUCAGGCGUGUUUGCGUGUUUGCCUUUCCCGGAGUUCAGAGUACCCUAGAUACUCACGACAAGUGGCGCCUGAAUUCAGGGACUCUGAAGGUUGCUUAGGAAGGUAAGUAUAAUUUUAUUACGGGGAUAUGGGACAAUCGGCUUCCUCUCCUUUCUUAAAAAUUCUUAAACAUUUAUUAUCUAUAUAUGGCAUAUCACUCAGGUCAGCUGACUUGGAUAUGUGUAUUGAUACAAUUAAAGAAUACAAUCCUUGGUUUCCAGAUGAAGGAACUUUGGAUGUAGAAGUAUGGAGGAAGGCAAGGGUUAGUAUAGAAAGGGCUAUGCAACAGGAGGAGAAGAUUCCUUUACGUUUUUGGGCUAUUUGGUAGGUUGUGUACUCUUUAUUAAAAGCUAUGGAAGAUGAACAUAUUGUAGAAAAUCUUCAACUAGAAAUUAAACCAGUUAUUCAGGAAUUGCCCCUCACAGAGGAGGAGCAGAAUGUAGUUCAAAAUGACGCUAUCGCUUUAAGUAGUGAAAAGGCGUCCAAACCGAAAGUAAAAUCUGCUGCAGCUGACUCAGCUUUAGCUGCCACAGCUACAUCAAAUUGUGACAAUCGCCCAAUUUUACAGGCUAUACAGCAUUUAACACAAGAGAACAUGGAAUUCGGCAGUGGGUCCCUGGACGAUGGAUCAGGAUCCGCGCCUCCAGACUCUGUUCGCCAGUCCCGGAGACAACUCCCCCAGGAACCGUAUCUUCAGAAGCGAGCGCGAAACCAGCUAGAGGCUGAGGAUGCUGAGCUUGUUCCUGUCGCAGCCAUGGCCAGAUUACAGCUAAGAAAUUCCCGCCGCUCACAGCUACUAAAUUUAAAUCCCCUCCCUACAUGGGGACAAAUAAAGAAAUUGACCAUAGAAGGGCAACGGCUUGUCCUUCAAGCAGGGAAGCCUUUAAACCCUGAAAACUUGUUUUUAGCUCUAUGUACAUUGCUCACCGUUGCAUCGGGGACUGAGGUACCCCAACAUUCUUAUUGGGCCUAUAUUUCAAAUCCCCCUUUAUUGGAACCUGUAAAAUGGGGAACUAGUGAUAUUUUACUUUAUACUACACCUAGAGAAAUUUUGUCAGCACUGUGGGCUGAUUUAACCCCCCACAAUCAAGGUGAUGGGACAUUAUUCAAUUUUACUUACUAUGGUAAUCAAAGGCCUAUUUGCAUUGGAGAACCGCCUUGCAUCCCUCUGGGAUGGCAGUAUUGGAUUCAACAUGGAAUAAAAGCAGGCAGCAAAAGGACAAGGCUUCAAGCCUUGGCUGCUCAAACCUUUAUAAUGUGACCUGGAAAAAUUUAACAGCGCCUGAUAAAGAUACAUUUCCUAUAUGCCCUAAUUUCACUUAUAAGAAUAUUUCUUAUUAUCCCAUAAUUUGGCAACAGUGUAUGGGAAAAUUUGCUAAAAAUAUUGAUGGAUAUAUUAUUUGGGGACCAUUUGGAAAAUUCGUUAAUGGAUGUGCUGAAUGGAAUGAGACAAGAUGUAAUCUCUCUGUUGUGUAUAGUCUUCCAGAUCCAAAGAAAAUAACUGAUGGAGUUCCUGUCUUCCCUCAGAAGACACCUCUUUUGUGGUGGGGAGAUGGUGGAAUCACUAACCCUGCUGUUGCAGCCGAAGAAUACCCUCAUCACCUCCAAAAUCAUAUUUGGAAGAUUCCAGCUGCUAUGCAACCUGUAACAUUGUACAAUGUUUCCUAUUCAGGGACUAGUCGAUCUGUAUCUACUACUUAUAAUUUUACUAGGUUUAAAAUGUAUAAUAUUACUGUUUGUGCACCUCUGUCUUAUGUCUUUUUAGUGGGAACUUUUAAUUUUACACAUUUUUCUUGUACUUGUUUAAAUUGUCAAUUGUUUACCUGUUUAAAUAGCACAUUGAUUUUCACUAAGCCUUAUACAGUUAUGCUGUUACAACAAAAAACUCAUAUUUGGUUGCCUGUAAAUUUAACUUGACCAUGGUCUCAAGACCCAGUAAUUUCUGUUACUACUGAAUUUUUUCAACAUCUGUUAAAACGUACAAAAAGAUUCAUUGGAAUAGUGGUGGCUGUACUGUUAAGUCUGAUAUCUGUAGCCUCCCUAGCAGCAGUCUCAAGAAUAGCUUUACAAACCUCUUUGCAAGAAAAACAUGUUGUAGAAUUAUGGCAUGAAAAUUCUCAUGAACUUUGGUUGACUCAGUGGCAAAUAAAUGCCAAACUACAGCAGCAAAUAGACCUUCUUAAACAAACAGUUGAAUGGAUGGGUAGAAAAAUAUUGGCUCUUCAGCAUCAAGUAUUUUUAAAAUGUGACUGGAAUUCAACUACUUUCUGUAUAACCCAACGACCUUAUAAUCAAACAGAACAUGAAUGGGAAGUGAUUAAAAUGUGUCUAAAUGGAAACACCUCUGCCCAGGAGGAAAUAGAAUCUUUGCAUAAUCAAAUUGACAAGGAUUUUGCAAAGCACAAUGAUGAUGAAUCCCUGGCACAAUUCGCGCAAUUGCUUGCUCAAUCUUUGAAAGGAUUAGAUUCCAAAGGAAUCUGGCAGAGCAUAACCCACACUUUAAGCGGCAUAGGACUUAGUUUAAUUAUAGUUCUCACUGCCAUAGUUCGUGUGUAUUUUUACUGCAUAAGACGAAAUACUAUUAAUAACCUGAACUUAUGGAAAUUGUUGUUAAAAAAUAAAAAGGAAGGAAGUGUGGGGGAUGAGGUGUCACUUUGUAGGCCCCAACCCUCUAACCUGCAAUAUACAAUAGCCCCUGGUAUGCGAGACAGAGGUAGGACAGGAAUGCCUGUUCUCAGUGAGAUCUCUCACCCUCUGGAAACCAUACUGUGAGCUGGCUUUGUUUUGCAGAAGUCUUGAGGAAGUGGCUGGCCACCCUUUGUGACACUAACAGCAGACAAAUUAACAACAUUCUUGAGCUAAUGAAUUUCUUCCUGGGCUAGAGAAGUUAGGAGAACUGUUUGUGAUUAUUUACUUCACUUAGAUAGUUUAGAAUAAACAUUGUAGUCUGUCACAUUGUAGCUUGUCACAAAGAAUGCCUUUUCACUACUUAAUUGUCUGGGCUCUGUGAACUGAUCCGGUUUACUAUAUAUGAAUCUUAAAAUAAAGAUUGUGCGUGCAGUGCAGUGCAAUGCGGUGCAGGCAGUAAAAGUGCCGUGUCUCUCCUGUCUUCCUUUCCGAGCGCUGCACCCCCCGUGUCCCGAUCAGGCGUGUUUGCGUGUUUGCCUUUCCCGGAG